AUGAAUCUGUCUCCUGCGAAGCGGGUCACUGUCCUAGUCCGGACCUUGACCAACUGUCACCCCUGCAUUGGGUUGUCGAAACGCCGGUAUAAAUCCUGUCAUGGGAGGUGGGCUAAUGUUCGACCCCGACGACGAGAGUUCCACGAUUACUUCGUGACACGGCUACCGUCGUCCUCGCUUCACCCAGACCCAAGAAGCCCGCUGAGCUCCUUCCACAAGCUUCCUCGCUCGGCUUCCAUGCCCCAUACGGGGAAGACAACGCAAUCCCCAACCUCUUUCCAGGCCACCAUUUCGGUGUCUCCACCUCCCGAGGCACUCGUCCCUCCAACGAAGAUACUUAUCAAGCCGGAGUUAUCGACAUCCCAGCCUUUGCGAAACGCCCCCCCUGCUUCGUUGACUAUCAAACGACCGGGCGCAAAAGAUGCCUCUCCGCAGAAUGAGAACCAAGGGGCGGAGACCGCGAAUGGGGACCCGCAGGUUUUCUACUUUGGAAUCUUCGACGGUCAUGGCGGAUCCGAAUGUAGCGCCUUCUUGAAGGAUGUGCUCCAUGAAUAUAUCCAGGAUACGGUCUCGGCAUUCGAGCUGCGGUCUAGUCUGAAGAAGGAUCGGGAGGGCUACUAUCCCGAGGAUGCGAACCCAUCGCCUGGGAAUCUACCAAUCGUUCAGGGAGCAAAUUCCAAGCAGAUUGGUGAGCUGGAAAAGACUCUAGUACGAGAUUGGAAGUCCCUUGUGGGAGGGUACUUUAAGAGGUUUGUGCCCGCUUCCUUCUCGCAUGUUGGACCCGAUGCGCAUGGGAAGUCCAGCGAGGACAAAGGGGCUACUAUUGAAGAAGUACUAGAGUACGCGUUCUUGCGCGCCGAUCUGGACUUUGUAUCGGCACAGGCUGCGAGGCAUGACGAUGAAUUGGACCAGAUUGGGCAGCCUCUGUAUCAGGACAACAUCUUGUAUGGUCCCCGUCCCGUCCAGCCGUUGAAGUUCAGCGGCUUUUCGCGGUUCAAAGGUGGCAGUACGGCCAGCGUUGCCCUCAUUUCUACCCCAACCGCGACGCCUUUUUUUGGCAUCCCUCCGCCCCGUCAAGCGAUCCCCAUCACCUCGAAUCACCAUCCGUCGUCGCCCAUCGAGGCCAACCGGCUGCGGCGAUAUGCCGCCACAUUUGUCACUGAUUCCUUUGGCGAGGAGCGCAUGAGCGGGCUUGCCAAUACCCGCGCCUUUGGGGAUGUACAGUCGAAGCGAAUUGGCGUGUCUGCCGAACCCGAGCUGCGACGGGUUGAAAUGGCACCGGCGGAAUUUUCGUUCCUGGUGCUCAUGUCGGACGGGAUCAGUGGGACGCUCCCUGAUCAAGAGGUGGUCGAUAUCAUUAAGGAAGCCAAAACCCCCGACGAAGGGUCGCGGGAGGUGGUCCGAUUUGCAACUGAAGUAGCCAAGGAAGGAGACAAUGCUACCUGUCUCGUUGUGCGUCUGGGUGGUUGGGAAAGACGGCUAGAAGGAGGACUGGGAAGUAUGGGCACCAAGGAGUCGAGGGAGUGGCGUCGACAAGAAGCGACUGAUCCGCGCAGGUCACGGCGAUGA